AUGUAUGGAUUACCUGAAGAAUCGGAAGGAUGUAAAUUAAAAGGAAAAGUAUUGUUGACUAGUACUAAAGGAUUGAAAAUAAAAAGUUUUAAUUUUGCUUUUAUCGGUAAAACAAAUGUUACUUGUUGUCCUUUUAUAACUUCUACGAGACCUGAAUGUAACGAAACACAAACAGUAUGUCGUAGAGAAUGUUCAUUCCCUUCACCUCCACGAAUUCCUCCUGGAAUUCAAGAAUUUAAAUUUGAAGUUGAUCUUCCUGGUCAUUUACCUUCUUCAUUCAAAGGCACACGUGGAAAAAUCGAAUAUUGGUGUUACGUAAUUAUAGAAAGACCAAUGUUUCAUGCUGAUAUAUCAAUAAAAAAACCUGUGAUAAUUCGACGUUCUUUAAUACCAAAUGAUAUAUUAGCUUCACCAAUUACUUUACAAGAUCGUUUAACAACUUUUACUGAAGGUAUAUUAGAUGAAAAAGUUCAAUAUCAUAUUAAUGCUCCAAUAAUGGCUUAUAGAGAAGGUGGGUUGGUUUCUAUUCAAUUAUCUUUGAAACCAUUAAGUUCCAAUAUAAUUGUGAAAUCGGUUGAAUAUGGUUUAAAAGAGGUUGUACAUUAUCAUAAAUCGGUACAAAUUAAUUUUAGACUAUGUCCUUGGGUAAAUAGUGAUCUUGAUAGUUCAUUAAUUAAUGUUAUUCAUCAACUUUCUUUCACUAUUGAAAUCGAAAUUUCUCAACUAAUUAUUAUUGAAGGAGAAAAUUGUACUAGUGGUUUAAUUGACAAUUCUAAUUCUACUUUAAAUUCUUAUUAUGAUAAUUCCGAUGAUAUUUCUGAAGAAGAAGAAAAUCUUAAUUAUAUUGAUGAUUAUAUUAAUAGAUUUAGAUUUUCUUCGGUUUCUCGUUUUUCUAACUUUUCUUCUUACGCUGAUUCGGAGAUUAGAAAUUCUUUUAUUGAACCUAGAACAAGGCUAUCAAUAUAUCCUUCUCCUGCUUCUCCUCUUUCUUCUCCUCUUUCUGUUUCCGCUCCAAAUAAUUUUGAUUCUCCUUAUAGUUAUAAUGAUUAUCUUCGUCGUUCAAGUUUUUCUGAUAUACCUUCUCAAAUUUUAUAUAAUUCCGAUACACCAAGUUCUCAAUCAUCUUCUCAGUAUUCUGAUGUAAACUUUCAUCAAUCAUCAAGUACUAUGUCUGAUUUUCAUCGUUCUUCUCACCGUUCUUCUCAUCAUUCUUCUCAUCAUUCUGAUACAAACUUUCUACAAUCUUCAAAUGCUAUGUCUGAUUUUCAUCGUUCUUCUCAUCAUUCUGAUGUAAAUUUUCGACAAUCUUCAAACGCUAUGUCUGAUUUUCAUCGUUCUUCUCAUCAUUCUGAUGUAAAUUUUCGACAAUCUUCAAACGCUAUGUCUGAUUUUCAACGUUCUUCUCAUGCUUCUCGUCAUUCUGAUGAAAACUUUCGACAAUCUUCAACUUCAAACGCUAUAUCUCUUAACAUUCAAAGUUUAAAUAAUCUUAUCAAUCAUCGUGAAACAUUAAAUAAUACUACUUUGAAAAAAACAAUUUCUCAUAGAGAACAAUUAUCUUUAGAAAUUCCAUUAAUUAUAACAACAAAAUCAAGUUAUAGUUAUCAUUCAAAUAGAACUAGUAUGAGAAGUAAUUUUAGAAAUAGUAUGAUAAAUAAUAUGGGAAGAAAUUCUACAAAUAUUGAUAAUGAAAGAUCUCCUCCUUAUUCUAUGGUUGAUGAACCUCCGGCUUAUAUGUAUGCAGCUUUAGUACCUCCUCCACCUCGUUAUAAUCAAGAGUGA